UUUACAAAGGCCGUGAGCAUCUACGUAGGAGCAAUAGUUCGUGAAAGGUCCAGAGAGUCUAAAGCUGGACCCCGAUGGAAUAAAUAAGAAUUCCUGCAUGCCUGCAUUGUUAUGAGAACAUUUGAAGAAAGCUGCCUCUCCUGCAAUACAUACAGUUUUCAGUUAUAUCAACAUUUAGCUCCAGACUAAGGAACAAACACAAACAUGCUAUAACCGUAUCCAGUGGUGGAUUUUCAGUUUAGUCAGAUUCAUCAGUAAAAAUGUAACGUUUUUUUGUGAAAAACGCAAAAAGAUGGGCUUUCGUUUAGGGUGGAAACUGAUUUAAUCUUUACAUUUAAUUCCGUUUGUUUUCAUUGAACUCCGACUCGUUUGAAUAUAGAGAUUGGUGUUUUAGAUCGAUUCCCCCUGUGGAUUGGUUAAUGUAAACAUCAGUCAUGCUUGUUACGGGAACACACGUCGAAUGGAAGGACUGGGAGGCGAUUGUUCUCGCUGUCAAAUAUUAUUCUGUUCUUGUAAUACUCAGGACGCAACUACAAUCUGCGGGACUUCGAAGCCAUCUCUUCGUUACUUUCUGCCUUCAUAGAACAGUCGCUGCUCGUGUUAUUUUUAGUUUUUUUUUUUUUUUGCCCCAGACACAUCAGUGAGUUUAACGUCGCAUUAGAUGCCUCUAGAGGCAUUUAACUUUUUCGCACAAGCAUUUUGCAUAUUUUCUGCGCGUACCUAAAUGUCAGAAAGUGAUGCUUUUCUGUUCUGAUAUCUGUUAUAAUACAAGAGAGCUGCAAAACAUGUUUGUCGCUAAUAUACUGUGCUUUAAAGUGAAUGCAAUAACAAAAACGAAUGUCUUCGAGCACAUUAGCAAACUUCAAAGUGCUUCGAAGUCAGGAUUUGAGGAGCGUUCAAGAUUUGAAUGACAAGUCUUCCAACAUUAUUUAAACUAAAUCUGUCAUCUGACGGGUGGCCAUUCCGAGCGACCGGCAUGAAGACAAAUUCAAUGGAAAAUUCUAGCCUUAAUCUACUGACAUUGUAAUGCUUUGUACAUGGUACCACUGCACGCGAGACCAUUGCGGUUAUAAACUAUUGUGACUUUCAGAAAACGCCUGAAAAAAUAUUUAAUAUCCUUUAAUUGCGUGUAAUGUCGGAACGGGAGUGUUAUGGCGACGGAGCCCCUGAAUUCCGCCCUGGGAGAUCAUCCAGGACAGGCAGGCGUAGUGGGGUCAUCCUUCCCUCACCGGGAUGCUCCAGCCCCGGCCGUCAAGACUCGGAGACUGGCCCUAUGGAGACGGUUAAGGCCGGACCGCGACGGAGUAGUAUCAUUAAGGACUCCUCAGUGUCAAAGGUGGGAGGGGGGAGGAAAAAGACGGUGUCGUUCAGCAGCACGCCGUCGGAGCGCAAGGUGAGCAGCGUGGUGGACUGCCUGGCCUUCAUGCAGUGCGGCUGCGAGCUGCGCAAGGUGCGCCCGAACGCGCGCGUCUACUGCCGCUUCUACACGCUGGACCUGGAGCAGGCCUGCCUGCGCUGGGAGCCGUCCAAGAAGGACGCCGAGCACGCCCGGCUGGACGUGGCCGCCAUCCGCGAGGUGCGCGCGGGCAAGAGCACCGACACCUUCCGGAACCACGGCCCGGCGGACCAGCUGGCCCAGGAGGCCGCCUUCUCCAUCAUCCACGGGCCGGACUGCCGCUCGCUGGACCUGGUGGCGCUCUCGGCCGACGCCGCCAACAUCUGGGUGACGGGGCUCCGCCACCUGCUGUCCCGCCCUGCCGGGGCGGGGGGCGGCGCCGGGGGCGGGGCCGAGGACGGCAGCCUCGGCAGCCGGAUGCGACGCGGCUGGCUGGCCGAAGAGUUCGGCAAGGUGGACGAGGACGGGCACGGCGUCGUGUCUGAGGACGUUGCUGUGGCGACCAUCUGCAAGCUGUGCCCCAGCAUCAAGGAGGCUAAGGUGCGUCUCAGAUUUAAGGAGAUCCAGCAGCGCAAGGAGAAACUGACAUCUCACGUCACCCUGGAGGAGUUCCAUGAGGCGUACUGCGAGCUGUGCACUCGUCCGGACGUCUACUUCCUGCUGGUGCAGCUGUCCAAGAGCCGGGAGUGUCUGGACGCGCAGGACCUGCGACUCUUCCUGGAGGUGGAGCAGUGGGCAGGGAAAGGGGCGGGGCAUGGGGCGGGGCCCUCGGCGGCAGAGGCCAGCCAGGACAUCCUGCGGCGGUUCGAGCCGUCGGUGACGGGGCGCGAGCAGGGCCUGCUGGGAUUGGACGGCUUCACCCGCUACCUGCAGGCGCCCGAGAGCCAGCUGAUGGCGCCUCGGCACCAGAGCGUGUGGCAGGACAUGAGCCUGCCCCUCACCCGCUACUACAUCAGCGCCGCCGCUCCCAGCUCCUUCCUGCAGGGGGCGCCGGGGGCACUGGAGCAGGUGCUCCGGGCCGGGUGCCGCUACCUGGAGCUGGGGGUGAGCGAUGGGCCCAAGGGGGAGCCGCUGCUGGACCCCAGCACCGCCGCCGUUACCCUGCGCAGUGCCCUGGAGGCGGUGCGCGACCACGCCUUCCUGACCACGCCCUUCCCCCUGCUGAUCUACCUGCGCCAGCACUGCUGCCCCGCCCAGCAGCACGUCCUCGCUCAGCACCUGCGGCAGGUGUUCGGGGACCGCCUCUACAAGCCUGAGGCCCCGCCUACGGGAGAGAGCGACGUCCUCCUGCCCUCCCCUCAGCAGCUGAGGGGGCGGGUGCUGCUGGCGGGGAAGAAACUGCCCCCAUGGCAGGAGGGGGAGGUGGGGGAGGUGAGCAACGAUGAGGAGGAGGUGAGUGUGGUGGACAAGCAGGCGGUGGAUGUGGCUGAGGGGGGAGAAGUGGGCGUGGCUGAGGCGGAGGAGGGUGUGGUCAAGGGGGAAGCCCCGAAGCUCCAUCUGUGCCGGGAGCUGUCAGACCUGGUGGCGCUGGCGGACGCCGGCAGCCUAGCCUUCUUCGAAGCCCAGAGGCGUGGGGGCUCUCCCCAAACCCGCCCCUCCCCCUGGACGCUGUGCUCCCUGGGGCGGAGCGAGGCGGGGCGGCUGGCCAGUGAGGCGGCCGAGGGGCUGGCGGCCACCACGGGGCGGAUGCUGACCCGAGUGCGGCUCGGCCCGGCGGGGCCCGACUGCGCCAACCCCGACCCCCAGGCCUACUGGACCAGCGGCUGCCAGCUGGUGCCGCUCAACCUGCAGGCCCCCGGGGUCUCCCUGGACCUGCACCGCGCCCGCUUCGCCCAGAACGGGGGGUGCGGCUUCUCGCUGCGCCCCGCCCCCUCCGCCACCGCCGCCACGCCGCCCCAGGACCUGCGGGUCAGGGUGAUCGGUGCCCACAGCCUGCCCAAGCCGCAGGGUUCGGGCACCAUCGGGGAGGUCAUCGACCCCUACGUGGUGCUGGAGCUGCACGGCGUUCCCGCCGACUGCGCCGAACACCGGACCCGCACCGCCGCGCAGAACCAGGACGACCCGCUCUUCGACCAGACCUUCCACUUCCAGGUGAGUGUACCUGAGCUGGCAUUGCUGCGCUUCGUGGUGCUCGAUGACGACUACAUCGGCGACGACUUCAUUGGUCAGUACAGCGUGGGGCUGCAGUGCCUGCAGUGUGGUUACCGUACUGUGCCUCUGCUGAGCUUCUCUGGCGAGCCACUCCCCCGCGCCAGCCUAUUCGUCCACGUGACCAUCACCAGCCGGCAGGGUGGGGAUGGGGGCGGAGCUCAGCGGAAGGCGGGGCGGGGCCGAAUUCUCCGCCACGUUGGCAUCAGGACCCUGGACCACGUCCUGAGACCCGCCGCUGCCCCGCUGAAGGAGGCAGCUGACCUACGAGAGGGCGUGAAGAAUGCUGUGGAAGGUUUCAAAGAGCAGUGUGGGCUCUCCCCUGUGGCCGAAUUGAAGAAGUGCAUCCAAAGCCUGGCCUCCCGUCUGCAGAGUGCAGAUGGAGCCCCAGGGGCCAAUCUGGCUCUGAGAGAUGGGUACCCCUACCUGGAGGCGCAGGGAUACCUGCCCGAAUCCUCCUACAAGCUGCUCACUGCAUAUGAGAAGGUGGUCACUGCGCUCAGACUGCUGAUUGAGAAUGCUGAUGGUGUGCAGGGGAGGAUUGGCCAGGUGCAUAGACAUGGGGUGGAGUUGCAGGAUGACCUGCCGAGGCUUGGGGAGGAGGAGGGGCUGAAGGGUCGCAUACUGAACAAGGCGGUGGAGAGUUUCACCUGGAACCUCACAGUUCUGAAGGGACAGUGUGAUCUGCUGCGCAUUGCCAAGGCAAAUGCUCUGGACACCCUGAGGCAGCUCACUCUGGGCUGCGAGGCCUGUGGACUGACCUCUACAGCCAAAUGACAAGAACACCUACAAACUUUUCAUUCCAUCAGGCCUGUUAACUAUGAGAAAAAGGGCCAAGAGAGUGAAAAUGGGGGAAUAGCUUAGUCCCCAGGGAUUAAUUAAGUGCUAACAUCCUAACAAUUUUGACUUAACAUUUCAGACAACUUAAGUUGUAAGAACAGUAUGAAUAUAUUAGCUGGUAUCUACUGUGGGGGAAAGGGAAUGCUCAACAAUGUUCUAUAAAAUUUAGUAUAUGGUGCUUCAGUCCUUUUGUGCAUUGUCCGUGGGUCUGUCUGCUUUUUAAAAAAAAAAAUCAAUGACCUUUAUUAUUUUAUUUUAUUUUUUUUUUAAAUCACUGCAACAUUGGAUUCAUUUUCAGUUUUGUUUACACUGUGGUUUGUCAGGGUUAGGGCUAAAUGCUUGUUCUAAAUGCCUGUAACAUUGCUUUCAUUUAAAAAAAGUGUUUACACUGUGGCUUUCUUGGACUAGCGUUCAGUAUCUUUUCAGAUAGUGCAGUAUUCCAGAACCACGGUCAGUGCCCCUGCAUACUUGUGGCCACCCAGAUCCAGGGUAGAAUAGCUCUGCUGACACUAAGAUCCUUCUGUGUUGAAUUUGCUUUGUUGGAAUGACUGUGUGGUUAUGAAAUUUGACUUUUAACCAGAAUAAUUCAAGGGCAAAAUCACUGUAACCUAGUGCCACAUGAGCCUGAACUGCCUCAGUACAUGUUCAGCUGCAGGACUGGACAAUGAAACCAAAAAAUAUGUAACUUACUCUGGACAAGGACAUAUUUUAACCAAAUUAAAAGUUAAAAGAAUGAAUAUGAAUGCAAUAUUCACUUAAUGAUCGAUGCCUCUUAACUGAUGAGACUACCAAGUUGCCACCAGGUAAUUGCACGAGUGUCAUAUAGCAUCGGGGCCUUUAACUGGGGCUAGUGGCUUUGUGAAGAAGGCCAGUGGGUCCGCAGCAAUGUGCAAACUUCAGAGAGAACUCACAUCUUUUAUGAGGACAAAAACCUCUAGGGUCUUCGAUUCAUACGAGUGCAACAUCGAAUGAAAGGACGUCCAACGCUUACCUGUACCACUGCAGCUCCAUCCAGGCACUGCGCGGAUGCUGUACAAGUUAGCCUCAGUGUUAGCCCCGGAUGGGCUUCAGCAACCAUCUGAGCUCCUGAAAGAUGAUCCGUUCUAUAAGGGCCUUUCACUUCAGGAGAGAGAGGCCAGAGCCACUCAUUUCACUCAGAGGAUCUCCUCUCACUCCUGUCAGGGCCAGGUGGCCAGGUGACCAAGCUGCUCGACACCCACAGGUAAAUCACAUGGGAAUGACUGCAUGGCUCCUGUCCGGGAGAUUAGAGGUACGCUGACAGGGACAUAAAAACGCAGCAAAGACAGGCUGCACAUCAUAGUGCCCAGUGGAGAAUGAAACGCAGACAAGUGUGUAGUGGAGGCACUCACAAUUUAUACAGUAAUGGAGAAUCUGGCAACCUGUCAACCUGACCAGUGGAAAUAGCAAAAAAAAAAAAAAAAUGGCCAGUACUUUUUAGGAGAAGCCGGGCACAAGAGAAAAG